CAAGUAGUGUGCUCAGUCCUCACCUGAAGAAGAAAAGGAAGGCGGAAGUGCGCAUCAGAAACUAUGGGAGAAAGCAUUUUGAUGUUACUUAGAGAAAUAUCUGUGCUGAACUGAAUCGUUAGAGGUUAACGUUGCUACAGGCGGCUACUGUUGAACGUGACUUUUACUGAGUCCAAGCCAGCGGUCUGCUAGGAGUGCAUUCGCUAGCCACGCCGUAAUUAGCGCCAUCAACACUGACCUUGCUCUUCUCUUGGGAGACAUCCACCGGCUAAAAGUGAGGAUGUGAACGGAUUCAGUGGCGUACCAUCACCCUACACACGUGCCAUGUCUCAGUGCUGGGUUGUGAAAAACCAUAUCUGCAAGAAGGAAAAGAGAAUGAUGGCAGAAGUCCAGGCUUCCCCACUAAAGCACUUCGUCACAGCAAAGAAGAAGAUCAAUGGGAUCUUUGAACAGCUGGGUGCCUACAUCAAAGAGAGCGUGGCUUUCCUGGAAGAAACCUACCAGAAUGAGGAGCUGAAUCCGGUCAUCACAGAGGAGCAGGUCCAGGAGGUCCACAGUUGUCUGACCAAGGUCUUGGGUAUUGGAGAAGUUCUGGCCCGCCGCCACAUGAAGGUGGUCUUCUUUGGAAGAACCAGCAAUGGGAAGAGCUCCGUGAUUAAUGCCAUGUUAUGUGACAAAGUGUUGCCGUCUGGAAUCGGACACACAACAAACUGCUUCCUGAGGGUGGAGGGCACGGAUGGCGGCGAUGCCUUCCUCCUCACCGAAGGCUCUGAUGAGAAGAAAAGCAUACAGACAGUGAACCAGCUGGCCCAUGCUCUCCACCAGGACGAGGACCUGGAUGCUGGCAGCAUGGUCUGUGUCAUGUGGCCUAAAGCCAAAUGUGCUCUGCUCAGAGAUGAUUUGGUUCUGGUGGACAGCCCGGGUAUUGAUGUCACCACUGAACUGGACAGCUGGAUUGACAAGUUUUGUCUUGAUGCUGACGUGUUUGUUCUGGUAGCAAACUCCGAGUCCACCCUCAUGCAAACGGAAAAGUCCUUUUUUCACAAAGUCAAUGAGCGUCUCUCCAGUCCCAAUAUCUUCAUCCUCAAUAACCGCUGGGACGCCUCAGCCUCAGAGCCGGAGUACAUGGAAGAGGUACGCAGGCAGCAUAUGGACCGUUGCACCACCUUCCUGGUGGAUGAGUUGGGUGUGGUUGACAGAGGCCAGGCCACCGACCGGAUCUUCUUUGUGUCUGCCAAAGAGGUUCUUCAGGCUCGUGUGCAGAAGUCCCAGGGAAUGCCUGAAGCAGGUGGUGCCCUCGCUGACGGGUUUCAGGCCCGAAUGUUUGAGUUCCAGAACUUUGAGAGGAGGUUUGAAGAGUGCAUUUCACAAUCUGCAGUAAAGACCAAGUUUGAGCAGCACACAGUGAGAGCCAAGCAGAUCUCAGAAGCUCUGCGUCACAUUAUGGACUCCAUUCACCUGGCUGCCCAUGAGCAACGAGGCUACUGCAUUGAGACAAAGGAAGACCGUCUGGAGCGACUGGAGUUUAUUGAACAACAACUGGACCUGCUGACUCUAGACUGCAAGAUCAAGAUUAAGAAGAUCACAGAGGAGGUUGAGAGGCAGGUAUCCAACACUAUGGCAGAGGAAAUCAGGAAGCUACACGUGCUGGUAGAUGACUUCCACGUGGACUUCCACACAUCACCAGUGGUGCUGAAAGUCUACAAAAAUGAGCUCCAUCGCCACAUAGAGGAGGGUCUGGGCAAGAACAUGUCGCAGAAGUGCUCCAGCUCCAUCACCAGCGCUAUGCAGGCCACACAGACCGACAUGAUUGACGGGCUGAAGCCGCUGCUUCCCAGCUCUGCCAGAGAGCAGGUGGACACGCUGGUUCCACGCCAGCGCUUCAGCCUCUCCUACGACCUGGCCUGUGACAAGCUCUGUAGUGAUUUUCAGGAGGACAUCAGCUUUCACUUUUCUCUGGGGUGGACUAUGCUGGUCAACCGCUUCCUGGGGCCCAAGAACACCCGCCGGGCCCUCAUGAGUUACAGUGACCAGGUUCCUCGGCCCAUGGCCAUGACACCAGUCAGCUCCACUGCCCCUCCGUUCCCACAGAGCUCCAUGACCCAAGAGGAGCUGAUGGUCUCCAUGGUGACUGGUCUUGCCUCCCUAACUUCCCGUACUUCCAUGGGUGUCCUUGUGAUUGGUGGUGUGAUAUGGAAGUCAGUGGGAUGGCGUCUGAUCGCCCUGUCCUUGGGUUUGUACGGGCUCCUCUACGUCUACGAGCGCCUCACCUGGACCACCAAAGCCAAAGAGAGAGCCUUCAAGAGACAGUUUGUGGAGUAUGCCAGUGAGAAGCUGCAGCUGAUCGUCAGUUACACGGGAUCCAACUGCAGCCACCAAGUCCAGCAGGAGCUGGCUGGCGUGUUUGCUCAGCUCUGCCAGCAAGUAGAUGUGACCCGUCAGAAACUCGAGGAUGAGAUUAAUGAUAUGAACAAGAAGAUCGAGUUGUUGGACAGCCUGCAGAGCAGAGCCAAGCUGCUGCGGAACAAGGCGGGCUGGUUGGACAGCGAGCUCAACAUGUUCACCCAGCAGUACCUUCACCACAAGUGACCCAGCUGUGUGUGUGUGUGUGUGUGUGUGUGUGUGUGUGUGUGUGUGUGUGUGUGCGUGCGUGCGUGCGUGCGUGUGUGUGUGUGUGUGUGUGUGUGUGUGUGUGUGUGUGUGUGUGUGUGUGUGUGUGUGUGUGUGUGUGUGUGUGUGUGUGAUGGCUGUAAGGAACUGGAACUCAUGGUACUGAGCUAGUUCUGCUUUGAGCACUGACCCAGUCUGAGGCCAGCAGGAGGACGACAUGAAGGGAGGACCAGAGAAGAUGUCUGCACUGCUUCUGCACCCCCACUAGUUAGAACACUACAUAUCUGCUAGAAUUAAACCGAUGUUUGUGACGAGCUUUACUCUGGGAUGUGAGAGGACAUGGUCAUGCAGUGAUAAACUCAUCGUCUCUAAUGCCA